CCUUCCCCUAUUAUUCCUCGUUCUCAGACCCCAGUUUUAGAGAGACGAGGGAAAGAGCAAUACUACAAGGAGACGGACGAGAAAAGAAGGAGAGGAAGAGAUCGAGAAUACGAAGAAGAAAAGAAGAUGUCUUGGCAACCGUAUAUCGACGACCAUCUGAUGGGCGAGAUCGAGGGCCACCAUCUCACCUCCGCGGCGAUUAUCGGACACGAUGGAAGCGUCUGGGCCAAGAGCGAGACGUUUCCAGAGUUUAAGCCUGAAGAGAUCAACAAUAUUAUGAAUGAUUUUGCCGAACCGGGGUCCCUAGCCCCCACUGGCUUAUUUCUUGGGUCAACGAAGUAUAUGGUAAUUCAAGGGGAGCCUGGAUCGGUUAUCCGUGGCAAGAAGGGGUCAGGUGGCAUUACUGUCAAGAAGACCAACCAGGCACUAAUCUUUGGCAUCUAUGAUGAGCCCAUGACUCCAGGGCAAUGCAACAUGGUUGUUGAGAGAAUGGGUGACUACCUCAUUGACCAGGGCAUGUAGUUUGCUAUUGGGUGCGUUCUUCUUUCAGAUGUCAGAUCUCCGUUCUUUCUCCCACUGUUAGCUUCCAUUUUCCAUGGUUUCCAUGGUCAUGAACUAGCAUUUGCCACUUUUGUGUCGAGGCAAUAAUUUUGUGAACAGAGAACAAGUUUGUUUUGAUUAUGUUCCUUAUUCUUUGACAUAUGGUCCUCAGAAGGGUCCUUGGAUCACAUUUUUGAAAGUUUCAAUGUAAUUCCCAUCAACAAUCUAUGUUGCAUGUUAUCCUUGGAGCUGUU